UCCUAGCGCCUUCCGGAUUCCCAGCUGAGACCGGCCAAGCUCUUUUGUUCUGCAGCGGCCGGGCGGCGAAAGAGGUUUCCCAUCGGACGGCUCCUCUCCUCUCCUCUCCUCUCCCCACCCAACCCACCGCCGGCCCCAUUGAAAACCCCUCGGCUGCCGCAGAUCACAAUGCAAAACAGCGAUGUCUCUGUAGCUGAACGUGCUCUUGUUCCUGGUGCCGAAUGGAGCCAUCUCACAGGUGGCAUGUCGACAGAGGUGAUGGGCAUCCAGCAGAGCUGCAGGCAAAGGCCCGAGUGCUGGUGCCCGGCGGGAGUGAUUGGUCAAGACCGGACAACCACGGCAGCGUCGGGUUUGAGGACCAGGUGAUAGAAACCUGCCCCACACUUCCUUGGUCACACUAUAUGCAGAACCCACUGACCAAUGACAUCCCCACGAACCAUAUUGCUAUAGAGGACAGACCUCCCCACCCAGAGAUCUACAGCAUUGCUCUAUGGGGGCCAAAGCUGCAUUCAGCACUGACCAGAAACAAAGGGGGAAGAUCCAAUGCACAGGCUUCCGCUCCUAACUCCAAGCAACUGGGUCAGCAGGGAGGAGGAGAUGCCAAUGACGAGGGGUCCCUGGUGUUGAUUGAUGCUGAAGGAGUGCCCCACACAGUCUCCCGACAGGAGGCAGAGCUGGCUGGGCAGAUGCAGUCCUCAGAGCCGGAGCUGCUGGCAUCAGCCCCACCACCACGGCAGCUGUACUUUUGCCCCAUUUGCCUACGGACGUUCCUAUACCAGUCGGACUUGGAGCGCCACAGCAUCACCCACUCAGAGAGCAAACCAUAUGUGUGUCGCGAGUGUGGCAAGGCCUUCAAGCGCUCCUCGCAUCUUCAGCGACACAAGCACAUCCAUACUGGUGAACGACCCUUUAGCUGCCCGGUCUGCCGCAAAGGUUUCCGAGAAUCAGGUGAGCUCUUGCGCCACCAACGAGUCCAUACAGGAGAGAAGCCCUACCAGUGCCAGAUUUGCCGGCUGCGCUUCACAGAACGCAACACCCUCCGCCGGCACGCCAAGCGGAAGCACGCCCGGGAGACCUACUACCAACGCUCAGUUGAGGAAGGAGGCGGCAGCUGGACUACCGCAGGAGACUGGGAAUCAGAAAUGGUGUCUGGAAGUGGUGACUGGGGGACAGAGGACCUUGGCAAUAGCUGGAACAAUGAAGCAUCAGAGGAUUGCGUUGGGGAGGGGAACCAGUGGGGGGAAGCUGUAGAAGGUGGGAGAGGAAACAGUCCCAUAAUCAUUUCACACCUUCCUGAGACUGAACAUAUCAAGGACAAAGACAAACCUGGGAUACAACCCCCAUAAAUGCACAAAACCUUGGGGCACCAGGAAUGAAGGCAAACGGGAAGCUGCAAUUUUGCCUUGCAGUUUAUCUAAAAGGACUUAGAACUUUGCAAUGGCACUGAGACUUUCCCCCCUCAAGAUGGACAUGAAAAUAAGGAUGAGACUCUAACUUCCAGGACUGUUCUAGAAUAUUGCAGGACUUGGAAUAUCAAUGCAAUAGCAUUGCCAAAGACUGGAGAUUUCUGUUUGUGGACAGAGCAUCAUGGCUGUCCACUGCUGUGAAUGAAUAUAUCAUGAUAUCCAGAGCUCUUGUUGGAUUGGAGGAAGAGCCUCCUGUAUUAACCUCUCUACAGGGUGGAAGAAAUGGAACAGGGAAUUUUGUUCUGUUAAGUAUCUUGUGAUUUUCCAGACAAAUGAGUGGUGAGAUAAUUAUGCUCCUCUCAUAAUUGUACCAAACAAAAUGUUGAUAUUCGGUAAUCUUUUGCAAGAUAAAUUGUCCAUUUCCAAGUUGUUGUUUUUUAAGUUUGCCAUUUAAGAUCAGCCUUUGUGGAAUGGGGCAUUUUCAGUUCUCAUACAUUUCAAUGAAAUAACAUAUGCAAAAGAACAAUA